AUGUCUCAUACCAAAUCAUCCAGCCGAUACUACUCCGACUAUGAACGGGCUCUCGAGAAAGCUGCUGAACGGCCCAAAACAUCCCCGCCUCCAUCUACUCCUUCAUCUCGAACCUCCUCGUCUACCUCCUUGCAGCCUGCGGCACAAGUAGCCGAGUGGUGCCAUCAGAUGCACUUGAUCCAGAGGCGGAAAUACGACUGGUGUAACGGCUGCUAUCCGAGGGCUGCACCUCCGCCUGCAUCAAGCUCCGUCCGAAUCCCCCCCCAGAAGGUGCUGCAACAAUCAAGAAGGAGCAACGAACCUGGUCACGCAUACCAAUAG